GAUGCUGCUGCGUCGAGUUUCAUUCCAGACUAAGGGGCACAGAGCCAGACUCAGAACUCUGUCCCACCUGCGUGCGGUGGGAUAUGGGCACCAGGAAGAGAGAGGUCAGAAGUCAGAGAAGCCGGGACAGCCCGAUGCCCACACCAUGCGUUCAGACACUGUGCUUCGACCCUCUGGUGCGACACUGCGUGGCCUGUAACCUCCUCCGCACGCCAGACCCUCUACACGCAAGCAGCCAGGUGCCUGGGACGCGGGCGCUGCAACUGCAGGAGUCGGUGGGCACCGGGCCAGGGCCUGACUCUACGCUGCCGCUGCCGGGACUGCUCUUCGGUGCCCCCGCGCUCCUGGGACUGAUGCUGGCGCUGGCCCUGGUGGCCCUGGUGAUCUGGAGGUGGUGGCGGCAGCGCAGGAUAGCUUCCCCUGGCACCCCAGACGGAGUCCAGGAAGAGUCCCUGGACAAUGUCUUCGUGUCCUCAUCGGAAACCCUUCAUGCCACUGCUCCCAUCUGGCCUAUGCCCAAAGAAGAUGCAGACACCACCCUGCCGGGCCACAGCAUCCCAGUGCCGGCCACCGAACUGGGCUCCACUGAGCUGGUGACCACCAAGACAGCUGGCCCUGAGGAAUAGCCACUGUGGAGGGAACCCAGGGAGCCCUAUGGGGGUUUGUGGACUCUCACCCAAGGGCUUGGAAGAAUUCAGCUCUUCAGGGAUGGAGCCCAUUGCAGGAGGGAACCCAAGAAACACAGACACUACAGGCCACAGACUGCCACCAGUGCGAGACCACUCUUAUGUUAGCUUUUGGUUUGGGAACUUUGCAUUUUUGAGAUUGUUUUUAAGUUUUUAUGCCUUCAAAUGGUUGGGUAGGCUUGAGUGUUGUAUAUUAGUGUUUUUGAAGACUUAGAGACUGGACACUUAACCUCUUUCUACAAAAUUUGGGUGGUGGACUGGAGAAAUGACUCAGCAGUUAAGUGCAUGUGCUAUUCUUGCAGAGGACUGUAGUUGUUCGGUUUCCCAGCAUCUGUGUCUGGCAGCUCACAACCACCUGUGACUCCAGUCCCAGGGAGAUCCAAAACCAUUUGCCUCCAAGUUUACAAUUGCUCACAUAUGUACACACACACACACACACACACACACACACACACACACACACUUUAAAAUGUUAAAAACAGGGGCUGGGAAGAUGGCUCAAUGGUAAAGAGUGCUUACUGCUUUUCCAGAGGACCUAGGUUUGAUACCCAGCAUGUACUUCAUGUGACUCAUUACUGACUUUAACUCUUACUUUAGGGGAUCUCAUGCCUCUGAACUCCUCAGACAUCUUCAUUCACAUAUACAACCCUACACACACACACACACUUACAAAUUAUAAAAUUCAAGCUGGCCAUGGUAGCACAGGCUUUUGAUCCCAGUGUUGGAAGGCAGAGGCAGGUGGAUCUCUGUGAGUUUGAGGCCAGCUUGGUCUACAGAGUGAGUUUCAGGAUAGCCAGAGCUAUAUAGUGAGACCAAGCCUCAAAAUAAUAGUAAUAAAAUCUUUUUUUAAUUUUUAUUUUUUCUCUUAUUAUUUUUAGAAAAUUAAUCUCAUUCUGGUGUUUAGAAGUGGUAUGCUUGGAAGGUCAGGUAAAGUCAUCAGGACAGAGCAAUAAGCAACAAUGACUACUCCCUGUCUCUGGCCAUGUGAUGUACUGUGCCAACUCUGGGCUCUACCAGAAAAAGGGCUAUCAUCAGAGGUCACUCUUGAGCCUUCAGAACUGUAAGCUAAAUCAGUCUUAUUUCAUUGUAAAGUUACUUAGCCUUAGGCGUUUUGUUACAGUACUAUAAAAACCGACAAACAAAGGCAGUAUGAAUAAGAGAUUUUCCUUUUAACAGGGAAAGGUGCCAUUAUACCAAAAUUAAUCUGAAUAAAGGCUAGUGGGAAGAUACUUAA